CUCGCCGCGGGCCCGGAGAUGCACUUCGGCUUCCAGACCGUGACGGAGGCGGAGAGGAGGGAGAAAAUUUACCAGGUCUUUGAAAGUGUGGCGAAGAAAUACGAUGUAAUGAAUGAUUCAAUGACUCUAGGGAUUCAUCGAGUGUGGAAGGAUAUCCUCGUGCAUAAAAUGAACCCUUCCCCCGGAACACUUCUUCUUGAUGUUGCUGGAGGAACAGGUGAUAUCGCCUUUCGAUUUAUUAAUUAUGUUUGCUCUGUACGAGAACGCCAGCUCCAGAGGAAGCUUAAGCAUCAUCAGAAUUUAUCGUGGCAGGAAAUUUCUGAGAGUUACCAGGAAGACAAGUUUAAGUCUCUGGGGGAUUCCCAAGUGGUGGUCUGUGACAUUAACAAAGAAAUGUUAAAAGUUGGAAAGCAGAAAGCACAGCAUCUCAGCUACUCCGAAGGCUUGUCCUGGGUGCUUGGGAAUGCUGAAGAGUUGCCCUUCGAUGAUGACAAGUUUGAUGUUUACACAAUUGCCUUUGGAAUCCGAAAUGUAACUCGUAUUGAUUUGGCACUUCAGGAGGCUUAUCGUGUGCUGAAACCAGGAGGAAGAUUUCUCUGCCUUGAAUUUAGUCAUGUCAGCAACCCCCUUCUUUCCAGGCUCUACGAUCUAUACAGUUUCCAAGUUAUCCCUGUUCUGGGUGAGGUUAUCGCUGGUGACUGGAAGUCUUACCAGUAUCUUGUGGAGAGCAUCCGACGUUUCCCCCCUCAGGAGGAGUUGAAGGCAAUGAUAGAAGAUGCAGGGUUUUUUAAAGUGGAUUAUCAGAAUUUAAACUCGGGUAUUGUCGCCAUUCACUCAGGUUUCAAACUGUGAGUCUACUAUGUAGCAAAACACAGGAAGCGUAAUUUUCCUGAGGAGUACGAAGGCUGUGGAAUCUUAA